AUGUCUUACUUCUACAACCCAUUCUAUCCUUCUCCAUUUUAUGACUUCUUCGAUGAUAUUUCCAAUGCCGUCGAACAAGUGAACCAGUCAUUAGCUACAGAUCCAAAUGUUGCUGCCAGAAAAGCACUUCAGGGCAAGAACAAUAAUAAGGCGGUGUCGAAGGCUCCACGCCAGCAGGCAGCUCAAAAAGUUGCCAAGAAUGCUCCAGAAAACCGGUCAUUGAUUUCAUCUGUCUUUGGCGAUCCAUUCUUUGGCAAUGAUCUCGUUGAAAGCACGAUCACUCCUGCAAUUAACAUCCAUGAGAAUGAUAAAUUUUAUAGUUUGAAGGUGUCUACUCCAGGUGCAGUCAAGGAGAAUUUGACCAUUGAUUUCAACAAGGAUGAAAAUCAGUUGAUAAUCAAAGGUGAAAUCCCUGCUGAGGAGACUGAUGAAAAGAACGGUGAUGCCGUUGUUCACACAGAGAUUCCAGCCGGUAAGUUUGAGAGAAGAUUAUCCUUGCCUCUCACUGUUGAUGGUGAGAACAUUAAGGCUACUUUCGAGAACGGUAUCUUAGCUUUGGAGGUUCCAAAGGCUAAGAAUGCUAAGAAGCUUCACAGAAUCGAAAUCUCCGAAUCUGAAGAAUAUUCUUCUAAGCAAUGA